AUGCAUGCCGACGCCACGCCAAAGUCCGACCGGUAUGCUCACGCGCGUGCGAAGACCCCGAUGUCCGAGCCUCCGCAGUGCUGCAUCUGUCUGGAUGAGUUCAGCAGCCCUGCUCUCCUGCCCUGUGGACAUUGCUUCUGCCUGGGCUGUAUCGGCGAAUACUGGAGGAUCCAGGCGGCCUGUCAGUGCCCACUCUGCAAGGCCUCUUUCCCCACGAGGCCUCAGCUUAUCGCGCCCAAACGCCGCGCCGCCGCCCGACGCAGGGCGGUCAAGUCCUGCCUGGCGUGCCUGGCCUCCUACUGCGCCGCUCACCUGGAGCCGCACUACCGGAGAGAAGAUCUCGGGCGCCAUCUCCUGAUCGUGGGGAAGAACCUGGAGAAGCAUCUCCUGUGCUCCAUCUGCAUGGAUUCAUUCAAGAAUCCCGUCACCACGACUUGCGGCCACUCCUUUUGUAAGAAAUGUCUGGACGGAGCCUUGACAUACAACUGGUACAUCGGAUGCCCCCUGUGCAAGGAGCAUCUGAGGAAAAGCCCAGAAGUCAACAUCGUCCUGAGGAACAUCGUGGAAGAGAUGAAAAAGACCCAGAAGAAAAAGACCCAGAAGGAAAAGACCCAGAAGGAAAAGACCCAGAAGAAAGACGACGAGUACACCGGGGCGUCCGGCGAGGUGGCCUGCGACAUUUGCACGGAGCGGAAGCUGAAGGCGAAGAAGUCCUGCCUCGUGUGCCUCGCCUCGUAUUGUUCGACGCACCUGGAGAACCAUUCGACGACGCCGAGGCUGAAGGGCCACAAGGUGGUGGAACCUGUGGAGAACUUGGACGAAAGGGCCUGUCUGACGCACGGACGCCCCUUGGAGCUGUACAGCCGGCAGACGGAGACGUGCAUCUGUGUGCUUUGCAUUCGAGAAGGUCGGGAGGACAUUGUUUCCAUUGAAGACGAAUGGGACAAGAAGAAGGCCGAGCUUGAAAACACAAAGACAGAGUUAAACGAGAAGAUUCUGAAGAGAAGAACCCGGAUGGAUGAGAACGAUGCGUCUCUAAAGAGCUGCGAGGACCAGAUGGAUACUGAGUGGAGGGAUAUUGACGAUGUGUUCACUGCUGUUGCCGACAUUGUGGAGGAAGCCAAAGAGACAGCUCUCAAGCCGCUGAAGGAGAGGAGAAAAGUUGUCAAGGAAGAGGCGAACGGCAUCAGAAAGGAGUUGGAAGCUGAGAUCAACAGCCUUGAGAAAACCAUCUCUGAGCUGGACAACAUAUCUUUGCUCGAGGAUCACAUCCUUUUCCUGAAGACUUACCCGGCUCUUCAAGAGCUGGACAACCUCAACGACUCAACGGGGCUGGAGCUCGACACCUCGCUGUCUUUUGGCACCUUGAGGAAAACCACAGCAGCCAUGUUGGAACAAAGUCAACGGAAACUUGAGAAGCUGACCUCCACCGAACUUCAGAGAGUUUCAAAGUUCCGAGUGGACGUGACGCUGGACCGGACCACCGCCCACCGACGCCUCGUUCUGUCCGACGACGAGAAGGAAGUGAGAGAUGACGGGGCGAACCGCCAGUUCCUGGAGGGCCUCCAGGACCUGGCUGCGAGGCAGACCUUCGCCCUCGGACAGCUGGGGCUAGUCACUGCCUCCCAGGACCCGUCGGAGCUGCCGACCCCCGAGGCCCAGGAGCCGUCGGAGCUGCCGACCCCCGAGGGCCAGGAGCCGUCGGAGCUACCGACCCCCAAGGUCCAGGACCCGUCGGAGCCACCGACCUCCGAGCCGUCGGAGCUGCCGACCUCCAAGCCCCAGGAUCCGUCGGAGCUGCCGACCCCCGAGCCCCAGGACCCGGCGGCGCUGCCGACGACCCAUGUUCCCCGGGACCCAUCGGCGGAAGGCCGACCCUGGUUCCCCGUGACCCGAUGCCGCUACCGACCUCUGAUCCCCGGGGCCCGUCGGCGGAAGGCCAACCCUGGUUCCCCGUGACCCGACGCCGCUACCGCCCUGAUCCCCGGGGCCCGUCCCUGCCCCGUCCCCAUCUCGGCUGGCUUCAGCUCAACGUCCCGGUCGACCCCACACUGUAAGAAAAAAACCCGUAAAAAGAAGGUCAAAUGACUGGCUACGGCUGCCAAACAAAAACCGUAAAUUUAAGGUAAAAUACCUUACUUCAAAUAAAGGACGAAAACCAUAAAUUUACAGUAAUUUUCAUUAAAGAUUUUGCAGUGAAAUACUGUUUUUUUACAGAUUUUUCCUGUAAUAUUACAAUCAAACACCUUAAUUAAAGUGAUAUUUCUAUAGGUUCUGCAGUGAAAUACUGUUAUUUUACAGAUUUUUCCUUUAUUAUUACAGUCAAAUACCUUCAAUAAAGUGAUAUUUCUAAAGCUUCUGCAGUGAAAUACUGUAAUUUUACAGAUUUUGCCUAUAUUAUUACAGUCAAAUACCUUCAAUAAAGUCAUAUUUCUAAAGCUUCUGCAGUGAAAUACUGUAAUUUUACAGAUUUUGUAUGUAUUAUUACAAUCAAACACCUUCAAUAAAGUGAUAUUUCUAAAG